UUUGCUUUUCACGCAUUUGUAAAGCUAAUUUAGGCCGUAUUUGCCGAGCGAUAUAUAAAGUUCCCCUAAAAACUAAACAACAGCGGAAACAGCUACCCCGAAUAGCAGUAAAAAUGUUUAUCUCAAAUCGAUUAUUAAGCUCUUUGGCUUUUGUGUGUUUCAGCAUCUUGCUGUGGCAGGAAAGUGGUGCUGAUAUGCCGAACAACAACGCGCUCACCAACCUGUACAAUAGCAUUCUCCAACGCGAAUAUGCCGGCCCUGUCGUCUUUCCCAAUCAUCAGGUCGAACGCAAAGCUCAGCGUUCACCUUCACUGCGGCUUCGCUUUGGUCGUCGCAGUGAUCCGACAAUGGUUUUGUCUGCCCAGAAACGUUGGUUUGGCGAUGUGAAUCAAAAGCCAAUACGUUCACCAUCAUUACGUUUACGUUUUGGCCGCCGCAGUGAUCCCAAUAUGCCUAUGCACAGCGAACUGGAUAAUUUAAUGAAUGAUUUGGCACUAAAUAAUGAUGGCGUCACUGAUGCCGAAGAGGCGGCUGCUUAUUUCGCCGAUGAGUAUCCUGAAGAUUUGUAUGAUGAUGGUUUUGAGCGUAUGGCACGUAAACCUCAACGUUUACGAUUCGGUCGUAGUUUGCCUAAAAUGCAAAAUAAUAUAGAUGAUGAACUAGAGCACGAACAAUUCCAACAGACCGACGAUUUCUACAAUUCUCUGCUAACAACGGAAAAACUACACAACAUGUUGCUCGCACUCCAUCAAUAUGACUCUGAGCCCCUACCCGCUGAUGGUAUGACAUUAAAUCACAAUAACGAUGAAUUCCAACGUGAAGUCCGCAAACCAGCGUCACUUCGUUUACGAUUUGGACGCAGCGCCAGCAGUGAUACUGAAACACAGAAGAAAUCCACCGCACAAAACACCAUUAAUGCUGAAAAACCGGCAGCAAUUGCUGCACAACAACAACAACAACAAUACCAACAACAACAACAAGCGCAAGCUAAGAAUUAAAUACUGAAAUCAUCAAAAAAAAAAUUAAAAAUGAACAAUUGCGUGCAAAGAAUUGGCAAUUAACCAAAAGCGAAGGAAUUAAAAUAUUAUAAAUUAAAAAAAAACUGGCAAAGGCAUGGCAAACCCCAAAUGAAUGUCGAUGGAGCUUAAGUUUAAAACAAACAAAAAAAAUCUAUUUAUUUAAAAUACAUACCUACAUACCCCCCAGAAAGAAAAAACAAAAACAAAAAAAUGUGCGCAAUAUUGUUAUAAUCGAAACUUCUAAACUUGCUAAUAUGUAUGUAUAUGUCUUUAAAACA